CUCUUUCCAUAUCAGCAUCAGUGGCUCUGCAACUGUGUACUCACCACUGUUCAGGAAGGAUAUGAAUGUGUCGAGAGCGCACUUGACAGAGGUUCUCAGUCUUUCAAGGAGUUCCCUUCUCCUUUUGCUCAUCAGCACUUGAGGGUAAGGUGCUAAGAGGCUGCUACCCAGGGCUCCCUAUUGCUGUGCGGUUAAUCAGAUACAGUAUGGACGGCAGUGGCAGUGGCUGGACUGGAGGUCUGCUGCCCUCUGUUAGCGAGAAGACAACAGAGGGGCACUCGGUCUUUGAGAUGGCUGUUCAGAAUGACUCGGCCAACCACAGCUCCCUGUUUGCAGACGUGGCUCUGCUGCAGAGCUUCAAGCUGCUCAUCAUCCCCUGCUACUCCCUGGUGGUGGUGGUGGGUGUGUUGGGGAACUACCUGUUGCUCUACGUCAUCUGCCGCACUCGCAAGAUGCACAAUGUCACCAACUUCUUCAUAGGGAACCUGGCCUUCUCAGAUAUGCUGAUGUGUGUGACCUGUGUACCCUUAACCCUGGCCUAUGCAUUCAACCCUCGUGGCUGGGUGUUUGGGAGGUUCAUGUGCUACCUGGUGUUCCUGAUCCAGCCGGUUACCGUCUAUGUGUCUGUCUUCACCCUCACCGCCAUCGCUGUUGACAGGUACUACGCCACUGUGCAUCCUCUGAAGAAGCGUACCUCUGUGUCCACCUGUGCUUACGUCCUAUCAGGGAUCUGGCUGCUGUCCUGUGGCCUGGUGGCUCCGGCCGUAGCCCACACGUACCACGUGGAGUUCAGAGAGGAGGGCCUCACUAUCUGUGAGGAGUUCUGGCUGGGACAGGAGAAGGAGAGGCUAGCCUAUGCCUACAGCACCCUGCUGGUUACCUACGUCCUGCCACUCUCCGCUGUCUGCACCUCCUAUCUCUGCAUCUCUUUCAAGCUGAGGAACUGCGUGGCGCCGGGACAUCGGUCCCGAGACCAGGCAGAGGCACAGCGAGCCCGAAAGCGAAAGAUCUUCCGUCUGGUGGCGUUAGUGGUGGCAGCCUUCGGGGUGUGCUGGCUGCCCAUCCAUGUGUUCAACGUGCUGCGCGACAUCGAUAUCCGCCUAAUCAACAAGCGCCACUUCCUGCUCAUUCAGCUGCUGUGCCACCUGUGUGCCAUGAGCUCCUCCUGCUGUAACCCCUUCUUGUAUGCCUGGCUGCACGACCGCUUUCGUGCUGAGCUGCGCAAGAUGUUCACCUGUCACCACCGCAUCGGCAUCCCCACCAACCACUGUGCUAUGGCCAGUGUGGUCCUCUGACUGUGCAGGGACAAGGAGAUAGAAGAGACACAAGACCUGUGAUACCUGUGUAAGCAUGCUGUAGGUCCAAUUUCCUGAUAAUGUUCAUGUUUGUUGGUGACCUAUGGAGACAUAACAAGAGAUCAUCAUGAACAAUACAGGAAAUCUUGGAAUUACAGCUGAUUAUAGAGAUAUGAGGUGGUUUCCUCAUUGUUCAUAGGUAAACAAAUCAAUUGAACAUAAAUUAGGUGAUUGACUGGAAAUAAUCAUUAAAUGAGCAGAUUGAACAACAAUAAGAAGAAGGUGAAAUUCAAGAGACAAAAAGAGCAAGAGACGAGAGACGAAAGACGAGAGAGAGGGAGAGAGGGAGGGAGAGAGGGAGAGAGGGAGAGAGGAAGAGAGAGAGAGAGAGAGAGAGAGAGAUGUCACUUCCUGUCAAUCUGUCCACGAGAGAUUAAUGUUUAACACUAGGAGAACAGUAGCAAACAGGAAAAUCUGAAUCCACAAAAUGUUGUCAAUGCUCAUAAGAGGUCUUGUAAAUAAUACCAUUAGUUAAGUAAUCAUCACAGUAGUUGCUACAGGAAGACAUCUUCCAUUCAUCCAGAUGGACAGCUGUCUGCUGAAGUUAGAGCGCAGCACUCAGUGGACAGACUAUACAAUGUCAACUCAACUCAGUGUCCAGUAUGCUUCUGUCUGUUGUGUUAAUAGUCAACUGCAGGUUUGGUCCCUAGACUGGUCAGCCUGGUCUCAUAGACUAGAUGUAACAUAGUAAAUGUAAAUCUGUAAAGACCCAAAUUAGUAUGAUAUGAUACGUUUGGUAUGGUUACAAACAGAAAGUAGGGUGGUUGGUCGGGGUGGAUGGGUUCUAAAGCGAACGUCUACUAACCCAAGGUUGCGUGUUCGAAUCUUAUCACAAACAACUUUAGAUAAUUAGCAACUGUGCAACUACUUACUACUAUUUAGCUACUUUGUAACUACUUAGCAUUUUACCUUCCCCUAAUCAUAACCCUAACCUUAACCCUUUAACCUAACUCCUAACCCUCACCCUAACCUUAACCCUUUAACC